AUGGAACAAACGAACGAGAAAAAUAUCAUCUCCAGCGACUCUUCUUCUACAAGAUCUACCUCCAACACCAACAUUAAUGGAGCCACUCCCAAAGACGACGAUGAACCUCCGACGAGCGAAAAGGACGACACCAGUAUAGGGGAGUACCCUACGGGUUUCAGGCUCUUCUUUAUUCUUCUCGCUCUCGGCCUGAGCAUCUUUCUAGCCUCUCUCGACAUGACAAUCGUUGCAACCACCAUCCCUAAAAUCACGGACGAAUUCCGCGGCCUCGACAAAGUCUCCUGGUACAGCACCGCCUUUUUUAUGACCAACGGUGGCUUCCAAUCCUCUUGGGGGAAAGCCUACAAGUACUUCAACCUCAAGUUCACGUUCCUCGCGUCUGUCUUCGUCUUUGAGCUGGGUAGCCUGAUCUGUGCCGUCGCCCGCGACUCGACUACGUUUAUCAUCGGACGGGCUAUAAACGGCCUCGGGGCCGCUGGCAUUGGUACUGGUGCUUAUACCAUCAUUGCUUUUGUCGCUGAGCCUCAGAAGCGUGCUAGCUAUACGGGUAUUAUUGGUGCCUCUUAUGGCAUCGCCUCUGUUAUCGGGCCAUUGGUUGGCGGCGUCUUUUCCGACAAGGUAUCAUGGCGCUGGUGCUUUUGGAUCAAUCUCCCGGUCGGAGGUCUUGGUGCCGCCAUCAUCAUCCUGUUCUUCCAAACCCCCAGCACCGCGCGCCCUGUCGCUGCGAGCUGGCCAGAGAGGCUAUUGCAGAUGGACCUUGUUGGCGCCUGCAUCCUUGUUGGCGCGACGCUUUGCUAUCUCUUGGCCCUUCAGUACGGUGGACAGAGUCUCCCUUGGGACGAUAAGACAGUCGUUGGUCUACUUGUCGGCUUUGUCACCAUCGGAGCUGCCUUUGUGGGAUGGGAAUGGCGUCUGGACGAGAGAGCCAUGAUUGUCCCUCGUCUGUUCAAGAAGAGAGCUAUCGGCAUGAGCACCAUGUUCAUCUUCUUCUUUGGUGGUCCGUAUUAUCUGACCAUCUACUAUCUACCCAUCUACUUUCAGAGUGUGGGCGGUUCGACGGCUAUCAUGUCAGGCGUCAAAAACCUGCCUCUCAUUCUCGCGGUCACAAUCUCCAUGAUUGUCUCUGGUAUCUUCAUCAGCGCUACUGGCCAUGGCGUUCCGGUCAUGAUCUUUGGCUCGACUCUGGCUGUCAUCGGCGCCGGACUCUUGUAUACUCUCGAUGUUGAUUCAAGCAUGGGUGAGUGGAUCGGAUACCAGAUCCUGGGCGGUAUUGGCUGGGGUGUCGCUCUUCAGGUACCCAUCAUCGUUUCCCAGACUAGUGCGGCCGCCCAGGAUAUAUCAUCAGUCACAGCAAUGAUCUUACUGUUUCAAUGCCUUGGUGGCACCAUGUUCAACUCUGCCGCACAAGCAGCCUUCGUGAACAGCAUGAUCAGGACUCUUCCCGGUGAUGUCUCUGGCAUUGAUGUUCAAACUGUUGUUCAGACAGGAGCUACUGAGAUCCGGAACGUCUUUUCUUCCUCUGAAGUUAUCGGGAUCAUUUCUUCGUAUAUGACGGGUCUCAAACUCACCUUUGCCAUUGCCGUCGCAGGUGCUGGCCUAGGUGUUGUCACAAGUGUCUGCAAUGACCACAAGCGGCUAGGCAAAGAGGCCGUCAAGGAUAUGGGGGCUGUGGCUUAA